CAAAACAUUUCCUGCUCAAUUUGUAUUGUGAAGGGAAUAGGUGUGUGAUGUGUAAAAUAAACCCUACUGAAGUAUAUAACAUGGAUUGAGAUGUUACCGAUAUCUGGAAUACAUUGUCUUAUCUUGGUUUUUCUUCUCUCAAUAACUACCUGCCGCUUCCAGCAGUCCAAUGACAGCACGACUCGUUCCUCGUCUGAGAUCAGACACAUACCGUACAGAUCCGCCUGGAGCAGUUGGGGCACGUGGAGCGUGUGCUCUAGCACGUGCGGUCAAGGCCAGAUGAUGCGGUUACGUCACUGCGUCACGUGGCGUGACAACAAGUACGAAGUGACCGCUGUAUCUGUUUGUGCUGGUUCCGACAAACAGUUCAAAGAUUGUGACGUCAAGAAUGAAAAUGACGUACAUAACAGGAUGUUUUUCCAUAAGUCCCUCUCUGCAAGGACGUCAUCUGCUGUCAACAGUUCUUUGCGAAACCACGUCAUCGCCGCGGACACGACAGCCGCACCUUCCACAACCGAGUCGCCCACGAGCACGCGGCUGUCCGAGGACGACAUAUGGGCGAUCCUUAUGAAGGAAAUCAAGAGUUCAGGUAGAACCAGAACGACUAAUGGCGGCAAAUCAAACACGUACAGGGAGACAACUCCGGAACAGUGGCGGGAAUCGGCUAAACGAAGACAACCGCACCACAACGAGGUCGCUAUCGUGAAUCGAAGAAACAGAAAGCAGAACAGGUUUAGAGUUAGAGGCCAGUGUGGACCAUGUCUGAAAACAAGGAACAGAAUUCGACAGUUUUGUAAAAGUAAUUUUGUCUCCCGCGUCACGGUCAACUCCGUGGAGAUCAUUGGAAACGAGACUCGGUAUGACGUAGGCAUCGUGGAGACGUAUAAAAACAAUAUUCCCCUGAUGCACAGGGAAUACCUGUGGGUGACCAAUCUCUGCAAGUGCCCCCGGCUCCGGGUCCGUCGACAGUAUAUCGUCAUGGGAAGGACAUACCAGAGAAAUUCCAGGGAGUUGAGGCUUUCCUUGGAUUCCAUCAGCUUUGUUCGUAGAUAUUCCGUCAAGCAAAAGGGACGGAUUAUAAGACUGAAGAAGAGAAAAAAGUGUAAAUGAAUGCAAAUUGAGCCCCAUGUUAAAAUCUGUUCAUUAAAGUUAAAUGUUU